AUGUUUGAAGAAAACGAAGACCCUAUCUUAGCUGCUGUAUCAGAAGAUUUUCGUCGUCCUAAAUCGCUCAGAGUUCCGAUGGAGUUUGCAAUAGUAAAGAAGGAAGCUUGUCUCAUGUUGGCCUACAUGGACGAUUGGUUAAAAGAUGAGGCGGUUCCACGUUCGUUUAUGACUAUGAUGGAUACGAGCUACAUCCAACGUCAACCGUUGGGUGUGAUCCUGAUCAUGGGGGCUUGGAACUAUCCUUUGUUUACUCUUUUGAUCCCCAUGCUAGGUGCGCUCGCUGCUGGUAAUACAGUCUUGCUGAAGCCUUCUGAACAUUGCCCUACCGUGGCCCGGUUGCUGGCUACUCUGGUUCCAAACUAUGUUGAUAAGAAAAUUUGCCAAGUGCUUUGUGGUGGCGUUGAUGUGUGCCAGAAGCUGUUGGCCUCGGAGCGAUUUGAUCAUAUAAUGUACACGGGGGGCACCGCUGGUGGUCGAGCUGUGUAUACGGCUGCUGCCAAAUUUCUUACCCCCGUAACGUUGGAACUGGGAGGCAAGUGCCCUGUUUACGUCGAUUCCAAUGUCGAUCUGGUGAUGGCGGCCAAACGGAUCAUGGCGAUGAAAACCCUCAAUUGUGGGCAGAUUUGUGUUGCACCCGACUACGUGAUUUGUCAUCGGAAAGUCCUCACUGAACUCUUGAAGAACCUGGGAGAAGCCAUCGAGGAGUUUUACGGGGAAGAUAAACGAGCAAGCCCGGAUUUUGGCAGAAUAAUUAACGAGAUGCAUUGGAAGCGUUUGACCAAUUUGCUUUCCGAGACAAAAGGCAAAACGGUUUACGGAGGUGAGGCGGUACAGGAUGAUUUGUACAUCGCACCUACGGUGGUCAUCGACGUUAGACCAGACGAUUCACUCAUGAGCGAAGAGAUUUUUGGACCCAUUCUACCCAUCCUGACGGUGGAUUCACCUAAGGAGGCCGUAGAAAUCAUCAGAUCCAAACCACAUCCUUUGGCUGUGUAUGUUUUCACAAACAGCAACGAUGUAUUCGAGAUAUUCAAAGAGGAAACUACUAGCGGUGCAUUAGUGCAAAACGAUUGUGGAAUUCAAGCAUCCUCUUCCGAGCUUCCAUUCGGAGGUGUUGGUCAAUCUGGAUUCGGUCGCCAUCACGGCAAGCAUUCAGUGUACACAUUCUCCAACCCUCGUUCCGUUAUGCUGAGGUCCAGAUCAGAGUUCAUCAACCAAAAACAAGAAGAGUUGUUCGAUUAUGUAACAGAAAUGACGACAUGUCUAACAUGGACCCACUGGGAGCUUUUGCUUUGGAUCACCACCGAUGCAUGUCUGAUUUCAUCUCGCAACCGGUUGCUCCUUUUAACUGAUCGCUUGUCUUUGCAUCCCACGCACUUUUCACGCCGGUUUCAUCAUCCACUUUGUACCACUUUGUUGGGUGUCUUUCCGGGGAAAGGAGUUUGCAAUCACCUAUGCGAGUUACUGAAGCUGCUCGAUGAAUUGACUCAUGUGCCGUUGGCGCUGCACCAAACAAUGGAGGUCAUAGGCAAUCACCUAAUACGGAGCAUGAUAUAUUCGCUCAUGCCGGGCCUAGUUUACCACUCAAUGUUGAGUGAUUAUGCAGCUUAUUCAAGGCUGGUUACGUCUACCGAAGGGCCCCUUUUCCCAAUCAGCUACAUCCAAGCCGGUAAACAACACAGGGAACUCGGUAUCCCAUGCUUGAGUUCAACUCUGAAUUCAGUGGAAAGGGCGUAUGGAAAAGCAGCUGUCUACAUAGUGCCGAGUAGUUUGCGGUAUGGUUAUUGGGGAUCUCAGCCUUCCGAUCCAGACCUAAUGUGCUUGCGUGAACAUCAAUUUUAUUGCAUCACGCUUGGUGAUCGGGAUGCAAAGGGACUCGAAAAAUGUCUCCGCCAUCUAGGACACACCGUUUUGGAGGAGUUGCUAGCACACACUUCGACUUCUUUCAUCGAGCCGGACGUAAUCGGUGUCCGGGAGCGUCGAGCAACUGUGAUAGACGUUAGAAGCACCCUGCGAAAGAGAACCCGCGAAACAUCUCCGUUUCCUGGGAUACACCGUUUUCGAGGAGUUGAGAGCACCUACUUCGACGUCCUUCAUCAAACUUGA